AUGGCAACAACAUCUCUAUGUCCCGAUUGUGAUAAACAAGAAGGUAUCGUACCUUGUCUGGGAUGUAAGAAGAUUUUUUGUGUUAAACACUUUCAAACUCAUCGUCAGAAUCUUUCGGUUGAAUUGGACAAUGUCGUUACACGACGAAAUACCUUACAAGAAUAUUAUUAUGAAACCAUUGUUCCGACAUUUGAUCCAACGAAAUUCGGUGCUUGGAAUACAGUCGAUGAAUGGGAACAGAAAAUGCACGAACAAGUGAGACAAACUGCAGAUGAAGCAAGAAAGCAACUAGAUGCAUUUUCUAAACAAGCACGAAACAAGAUCGAGCAUCAACUGAACGCAAUAACUGAAACGAUUCAACAGAAAAUGGAGCGAGAAAAUUUUGUUGAGGAAGAUAUAGAACAAUUAACUAAUAAAAUCGAUCGAAUUGAUGAAGGAAUUCAGAAUAAUAAGUACCAUCCUCCAAUUGAAGUGACUUCUGAGCCAAUCGAUUGGAAAACUGCGAUACAAAUCAAACUUAUUACAGAAAAUGGUACAAAACCUGAAAAACAAGAACCAAUAGUUAUCCCACCGCCUUCGUCUGCGGUUGCAAUAACAACGAAAUCGGAUUAUCCACGAUCGCUCCAACGAAAAUGCUUUACUUGUGGAACAGAUACAUGGCAAAAAGAAUGUAAAUGUUGUAGUCAAGUGUACUGUGGUUGGCAUUUGAAACGACAUGCUGUCAGUUCGAAAAAACAUUGA